AAAUUAGUGACAGUGACAUAACAGAUCUAGUUCUAGUAUAUGUAAAAAGAUCUUUGUAUUUACCGAAUUAUUUUAUUUUUGAAAAUUAUAAAAUAUUUAUUCCUUACGUUUCUGUCUAAAAUAUUAAUUAUUGUUUUUCCAACAUGCUACAACUCGAGGAUAAUGAAGUGGAUUCAAGGAGAUAUACUACUAAUUCGAAUUCUAUUCAGUUUGGACCUUGGCACAUUUCAUACGAUGUAAGCUGUAUUCUUCCCAGCGUGUGUUCCACAAAGGUUGUGUGUGAACGAGAUGAUGAUCAAUUUUGCCAGUUUUGUUUAUACUGUAAAGAGCUGCAGAUACCACAUUUCCCAGACAUGGUUUUCCCUAAGAAUAUUUUACGUUUAAGUCAUACAAGUGGUGCUGUCAUAAAUUUUAACCCUCUCGAUGCAUUAAGGGGUGUAGCCAACACAGUGGAGGCUAUUGAAGUAGCUUGUGCUGAAGCAUGGCAGGAAGCCCGUCCAGAUGCGGAAAAGAAAAAAAGGAAUUUUGACUGGACAUUUUCCACUGAGUACAAAGGCACACUCACAGAAAAUAUUGUUGUAGAAGCGACAAAUGAAGAGAUCGACUACAAUAUGUUGAAACAGAAAGAGCAAAUACUUUUUUACCAUGAUCUUACGUUGUUUGAAGAUGAGCUCCAUGAUCAUGGAAUAUCCAAGUUGUCAGUUAAAAUUAGGGUGAUGCCAUCAUGCUGGUACAUUUUGAUGAGGUAUUUCUUAAGAGUUGAUGACGUAUUGGUGCGAUCACACGAAACACGUAUGUUCCAUGUUCGUGAUUCAAGCUACGUCCUCAGAGAAUACACUGCAAAGGAAUCAUUGGCAAAAGACUUGAACAUUCCUACCACUCAUAUGAAAGAAGCAGAUGACGUCAUCCCACACCUGCCUGUGAAAUCAAAAAAUACUGAAAAAUUGAUAAUUAAUUUUUAGCAACUACAACUUCGAUCUCUUAAACUACCUAUAAUUAUAGAAUCAAUUAAGUAAUCUAAAUAUAAAUAAAAGUGGUUGUAAAGUAAUUACUGAAUACAAAUUACACAUUAAACAAAAUUUGAAAUAAC